CGAGCUUAUGUACUCCAGUCUUGAACUUGAAUCAGUAAAAUGCAAAGUUACCGAGAGUCAAGAAAAUGUGACCAACUUGCUCAAUCUGUUAGAGGUUGCAUACAAAGAAAGAGAUGAAGCCAGAGACCAGUUGAAGAAAAUCUUUGAGAAGAUGAACCCCAAUUGUACUCCAAUUGAUCAACUGCCAAAUCAUGUAGUCCAGUCUGUUAGCCCCCAAAUUUUGAUGCCGACGACAAAAGAAAACUUAAGCUUAACUGAAUCCAACAGUCCCUCUUCUGUUGAUUCCUUAUUCGAUCAUGCAGUUUCUUCACCAGAGUUUCCAAGCAUCAUUAUGCCUGAUUCAAGCACCAUGGGUUUUGUUAAUGUGAAGCAGCAUAAUGCGGUUCAACAAUUUAAUUUGGGCACUACUAAUGUUACCAUGAGUGCCCAAACUGAUACAGCUUCUGAAAUAGUUAACGAUUUUGCUAAAGGAAAGACUUUACCUCAGAAAGGGAAACUCAUGCAAGCUGUGAAGGAAGCUGGUCCAUUGCUUCGGACGCUUCUUAUUGCUGGUCCCCCAUUGCCCCAGUGGCGAAACCCCCCUCCUCCUUUGCAGCAGCCUUUCAAAAUCCCACCCGUUGCUCCGAUCAACGGUUGUACUACAGCUUCUCCUCUAAGCUUUAAUCAGAAACCAUUUGCCAUUUCAAAUCCUACAACUAGCUAUUUCAAUGUGGCUCAUACAUCUUCAGCUGCCAAUGCCAUGUUGAGUUUCAACACUGUCCUUCCUUCUGCUGGUGUUUCAUGCUUCAAUAACUCAAGAAUGAUGGAGACUUCAAACUCUGGUUUCGACCACCAAAUCCCAUUUGCCAAGCGGCGAAGGCUUCAAUGAAAUUGUUAGCGAAAAACACUGAACAGCUUUC